AUGGGCAAAACUUAUGUAAGAAAGACAACUAGAGCUAACUUCAGUCAAGAUACUUUGGCAGAGGCGAUGAAUAAAGUUAAUUCACACGAGAUGGGAGUAAAUGAAGCUAGUCGCGAAUACGGAAUUUCCUCCAGAACACUGAGAAGACAUCUGAAAAGUGGAAGCUCCAUUGUAAAACUAGGUCGAGGACCAGAAUUAGGGCCAGAGCACGAGAAAAGACUUGUUGCCCAUAUCAAAUCUCUGGAAAAGAUCGGUUUUGCCCCCGAUGCUAUUGCCGUGAGAAGUAUGGCUUACAAAUUUGCCGAAAAAUUAAACAUUAACCACCGAUUUUCACAAGUUCAGGAAAGAGCUGGAGAUGAAUGGUUUAAGAGAUUUUUGUAUAGAAAUAAAGAAUUAAGCAUUAGAAAAUCCGAAGGUUUGUCUGUAGCGAGAGCAAAUGGAAUGAAUAGGAAGGAGGUAGGCGAUUAUUUUACAUUACUUCAAGAAAUUUGCACUAAUAACGAUUUGUUUGACAAGCCCGGGCAAAUCUAUAAUGUCGACGAAACGGGGAUACAGAUAAACAACAAACCGGGUAAAGUAGUCGCUACGAAAGGUGCGAAAGAUGUUUAUUCAUUAACCAGCUCUGAGAAGGGAGAGAAUGUAUCCUUGGUUGCAUGCUGCAAUGCGGAGGGUAAUUAUAUACCUCCCGUUGUAAUAUUCAAAGGGAAAUACAAAAAAGAUGAGUUUUCUGAUGGACUCCCGCCAGGUUCGAUGGUGUUUAUGAAUCAGAAGUCGUCGUACAUAAAUGCUGAAUUGUUUCUGAAAUGGUUCAGGGAAUGUUUUUUGCCCAAAAAGAGACCGGGCAAAGCCUUACUUAUUUUAGAUGGCCACACCUCGCAUUGCAAUGCAAUCGAGCUAUUAGACUUGGCCACUGAAAAUGAUGUGGUGCUUCUAUGUCUGCCAAGCCACACUACGCAGGCACUUCAGCCACUAGAUAGGUGUUUCUUUAAACCAUUAAAAACGUACUUUUUUCAAGAAGCGAAAAGUUGGAUGAUUCAGAACAAGGAUAGAAAGUUAUCAAGAACGACAAUUGCUAGAUUGAUAGGUGUCGCAUGGGGCAAAUCUGCAACAGUAGCAAACGCAAUCUCGGGAUUUAAAGCCUGUGGAAUACAUCCGUUUAAUCCCCACGCAAUACCUGAUCAUUUUUUUGCAAUAUCCGAUGCAUCUUUAGAGAAUACAACUCAACCUUACCAAGACGAAAAUUUUCCGAUGCCAUCAACUCCGCCGGAACCCACGCAGCAGCAAAAUUUGAUGCAAGCCAUGAAUGAACCUGGGCCCUCGAAUCGAGAGAAAACUGUGGCAUCAUCUGCGGCGGAUGAAAAGGAAACUCCCUCAAAAUAUUUAAGGGAAAUUCAGCCGCUUCCACUAAUCCCUCAUAGAGUCUCCAAAAGAAAACAAUCGGCUGUUGAACUAACGUCCCCAGAAAAUCGUGUAAAGCGCCGAGUAUUUUCUGAAAAAAAGGAAGCAAAUGCCAGUAAAAAGGCUGAGAAAAACAAACCUUGUACAAACGUAAGUCAGAGAAGGACGCAAACUGUUUCGAACAAGAAGAAAAGAGUUGUUAAGCCACGAAGACAACUUUCUAGUUCUUCUGACAGUUCUUUGGAAAACCGUGUCUUAAGCUCGACGGAUGAUGAAGUGUCGGAUGAAGGUGAAGACUUCUGCAUAGAAUGUGGUGAUUAUUAUUAUACAACCAAAUCAAAAGUUGACUGGAUACAAUGCGACAAGUGUUCUGGUUGGCUUCAUGAGACAUGUACCAGCAACAAAAACAUUUGCAAUAAGUGUACCAAAGAGGAUAGACCUGAUUAA